UUGUAGUUCCUAAAACAGUGUCGCUUCCGUGUAGCCUACGUUAGGUGGAGGAAUCCGCUCAGCAAACACAAAUCACAUGUGAAAUUAUUGAUCGGGCAGGACAAACGACUUCUCCUGACGGCUCUUGAACAUUUGACCCGUCGUCCUGGGCCGUGUGAAUUUAUGGAAACAUGUCAAAGAAACGCGGCAGGAAGCGUAGCAGUGGAGAGCUGAGUGAAAGCUUGGCGUCGACCUCGAGCCCGGACCCGGAUAACCUCUUGGGCCGCAGGAUCCAGCACACUUGGAGGGAAAAGGGCAAUGUGACCAAAUGGAAAGGCACGGUCCUGGAGCGCCUCACCGUCAACAACUCCCUCUACAUGGUCAAAUACGACGGCUUUGACUGCGUUUACGGCAUCGAGCUCUUCAAAGACAACCGGGUGUCCAACCUGCAGGUUUUGGCAGAGAAAGUCGUAAACAAUAAGAUCAAGGUGCCUCCGGGGGCCGAGGAGCUCGUGGGUCGAGCGGUGGAGCAUCUGUUCGAGAAGGAGGACGGGGAGAAAAACGAGUGGCGGGGCAUGGUCCUGUCCCGAGCCCCCAUCAUGACCCACUGGUAUUACAUCACCUACGAGAAGGACCCGGUGCUGUACAUGUACCAGCUGUGGGACGACUACAAAGACGGAGAUCUCCGUGUCCUGCCGGAGUCAGAGAACAAACACCUGCUGCCGGCUGACAGGAAGCCAGGUGAGGAGCCAGAGAGCCUUGUGGGUAAACAGGUGGAGUACGUGACAGACAACGGCCUGAAGAGGACGGGGCUGGUCAUCUACCAGGUCCCGGCGAAGCCCACCGUUUAUUACAUCAAAUACGACGAUGACGUCCACAUUCACGUCUAUGACCUGGUGAAGACCACCUAAAAACUGCCCCCGUUUCGGCCUGCGCUCAUGGCUUUCGCUCCCUCUCGCCCGUCGUUACCUGUUCAAGUGUUAAAGAUGGACGUUUUUUUUUUUUUUUUUUUUCUGCAGCGGGAGGAGAAAUGUCCAACU